AGACUCAGAGUCAGAGCUUAGCCUGUGCUGGGCCGUCUUUCUUCUGCCAUUUUCGCUCAGAACAACGCAUCGAAGCCUCAAUUUCAACCGAAAAUGCGACUCCUCUAGUGGUAGUGGAGUCACCUUUCCAGCAGCCACAUUGGCAGCUGCUUCUGUCCUUUUCAGCAUGGUCAAUGGAAGGCGGUCAAAAUGGAAAGUGCUGGCGGUCUUGAGUGGGCCGCCGCCAGCAGAUCAACUAGAAGUUGGUCCCUCUCCGGCCUCCAGCAAUCCAGCCGGAUCGUCCUUCAGCCCAGCCGACUUCAUCCGCUCCUUUCCAGGGCUCCAGGAGCUGCAGGGAGGGGAAGCAGAGGUCCAGUUCAUCGAGCGACCAACAUUGCAGAUGCUCCAAAACAUCGUUCAAGCCAUGCAGCCCAACCUAGUUUUCUUCAGCCAUCGGGACUCCCCCUGGGGUACCGAACCCAUCGUCACACUUUCCAACGAAGCGAGUGUCACGGGUCUGCUGAUGUUGGGAGACGCACAGCCUCCUUCCUCUGAGAAUCUGGCUGAGAUAUUUUCGGUCCACUUCCCGGAUUUGGUUUUGGCGAACGUCGUCCUCACACCCAAGCACGCAGAACUGAUGCGGAGCAAAGGGGUCCAGCACGUUAUCUACUGGCCAACCCAUUCCGCCCCCCCGGCUGCGGCCCAGUUCUUCACCGCCCUUUUCUCCUGCCUCCGGAACCCUUCCGUCUCCCCUCACGACGCCUUCCGCCUGGCGGAAUCCGCCCACCGGAUCCACUGCUCCACCCCCCUUCCGCGCCCCUCCAUCUCCGGCAUUCCGCCCCCUCGUUCCGUUUCCUGCUCGCUCGAGCUCCAGCAACGGAUUCCGCCCAACGGAACCCUCAGCGCGUCCGUCCUCUUCAAGCUGCACCAAGAGCUGCGGCUGUUGCUCUUUGGCGCGCCGGCGGUUUUGGAGCCGCCGAAAACGCAGGCCCUCGGCGAGGGUUUAAGGGUUUUGCUCGCGGCUGAGGUGCGGGGUUUGAGGCUAACCCAGCACGCGGUUGGGGGGGCGCCAAAUCAGGAGGUCGCGGCGAUCGGGGCAAGAAACGGGGCGACGUUCGCGCGGUGUGAGCUUUGCACGGGAAGCGGCGCGAGGCUGGCCGUGACGGCGGUCGGACGGGCGGAAGCGUUUGAGGAUCGAGAGGUCUUAGAGUAUCACCUCAAGCGACAUCUCUUCGACCAGUCCGCCCUCCAGACCCUCCCUAAAGCCCCCAGCCUCCUCCCCGCUCGUCGCACGACAACCAUCGCUUCCGGAGGUCCCACGUGCGAAGUCUUUAUUACCCUCCCCGACUGGGGCAAGGAUCUGCUCAUCCAGCUGGCAGCUGACGUCAGCUACCGGCCCCUCGCGGCGCUCGGGCUAGCGGGCGUCGGCGGUUUCGCGGUCGCCGCAUUUACUGCCGCCGACGGGGAGCGGUUGUCCGGAUUGGGGUUAGAAAUUAGAGCGGGUUCGCCCGCAGGAGCCGAGCUGGCAAACGGGGGGGUAAAUGACGGGCUUGUUGUGCCCCCCGGUCACGGCGGGGUGGCGAACGGGGGGGCGGAUGGCGGGCUCGCCGGGACCCCCGGCAGCGGUAAAAUUGAAUUGGAUUUGGUAGACGGAGGAGGGGUUGAAAAACGGCUUGGAGCAAUGUUAGACGCGAAAUCCGCGAAAAGGAUACGAGAGGAAGAGUUGCGGGCGAAUCUGCGGGCAUGGAAGCGGGCUGCGGCGGCGAGCUUGGAAAGGGAGGCUCCAGUGGCACGGCCCGUCUUGCAAAGAUUUCGACAACGGGAAAGCAUGGCGCCCGUGACACCAGAUCAAGUAGCGCCGAUCAUCGGCGGGUCUGGCGCAGCUGGCGGUGUCAUGUCUGUGUCGCCUCCGUUCGACCAUCAAAGAGACACGAACGGGGGCGCUCCAACUUUGCUCCACGAACGCCCACCUCUGGAACAGAACGGGCCUUCAACAUCUGAUGACCAACCUAUCUUAAAUUUGAUGCGCUCGCCACACUGAAGAACAGGGUCUGCGAUUGGACCUGGACAAAUUUCCGAUACCUAAGUUAUUUCAGACUAGGAGAGGCUAGAGGAGGAUAAGCGGGCUUGUGAGACUUCAUUCAAUGGGUGCAUGAUCAACAUUGUACCGUCCCGGUCUCACCGGCAGACUUUGCCCAAUGGCUCUAUGUGACUCAGGCCGUCAAUAAACCGGAAGUUACCAUCAACAGACAAUUGUCUUA